CAGCGACCUUUGGUUAUAUGGUCCAUAAACCAUGUUCAGAAUUCUUCGAAGCUGAAAUGGAGCGCCUCUUCCAGGAUGGAAGGUUCAAUCAAAAAAUCCUGGAUGCUGGGGCGGGGACAGGUUAUCUAGGACAGCACCUGAAAGAUCUWGGGUACACUGACAUUGAUGGGCUGGACAUAUCUCAAGAAAUGCUGAACAUUGCAYUURAWAAAGGRAUUUACAAGAAUCUGAUCUGUGCACCAAUCAGUGAGAAGAAGAUAGAUCAGAUCCAGACAGGUCAAUAUGAUGCACUMRUUUCUUCUGGUACGAUCACUGUUGCACAUGUCAAACCUCCUGCACUAGAUGAGAUUGUGCGACUUGUUAAACCAGGUGGUAUCAUUUGCUUCACUAUUCGCCAAGAUGCUUAUGAUACUGAGAGCAUGGGCUACAAGAAAAAGAUUGACGAACUAGCCUCAGCAAAGAAAUGGGAAAUGCUCAACAAAAAAAGCGUUCCUUACCAUGAUYAGUCUGGUAUCGAUUCAGAACUGCAGUCUGGUACUGUGUUUAGUUUCAGAGUUUUGUGAUGAUUCAUAAUAUAAUGUUCCCUGCUAGCAGAGUCUCUCUUCUCUUUCUCUCCCUUCGUUCAGGCGGGGAGGAA